UAAUGGCAAACUACACAAGAUUAUGUACAACAAAGAGUAUAGUGACAGUGAAUGGGCAAUUUCCAGGACCUCCCUUAAUUGCUAGAGAAGGAGAUCGAGUCAUAGUGAAGGUCACCAAUCAUGUCUCCAAUAACAUCACCAUUCAUUGGCAUGGAAUAAGACAAAUACAAAGUGCAUGGGCAGAUGGUCCCUCAUAUAUAACUCAAUGCCCAAUUCAAACAAAAAAUAGUUUUGUGUACAAUUUCACCAUUAUUGCACAAAGAGGAACUCUAUUUUGGCAUGCUCACUACUCUUGGCUUAGAGCUUCUGUUCAUGGCCCCAUCAUCAUUCUUCCUCCGCUCAAUGCUUCUUAUCCUUUCCCCAAACCCUACAAGGAAGCCACCAUCUUGCUUGGAGAAUGGCACAAUUCUGAUACUGAGGCAGUCAUUAGCCAGGCUUUACAAACCGGAGGUGCUCCGAAUGUCUCUGACGCCUUCACCGUCAAUGGACUUCCAGGUCCAUUGUACAAUUGCUCAGCAAAAGAUACAUUCAGGCUAAGGGUAAAACCAAAGAAGAGAUAUCUACUCAGAAUUAUCAAUGCUGCACUUGAGCAUGACCUCUUCUUCACCAUAGCUAACCAUAGUCUUACCGUAGUCGAAGCUGAUGCGAGUUACGUUAAGCCUUUCGAAACUGAUUUUUUGCUCCUUUCGGCUGGUCAGACAACAAAUGUCCUCCUUAAAACAAAACCUAUAGCCCCUAAAGAAAAGUUCUUGAUGUUAGCUAGACCUUAUUCGACUUCUCAAGGCCAAAUCGACAAUACAACUGUUGCCGGAAUUCUGGAGUAUGAAACUUUACCGGAUUAUUCUUCCAAAUGCAAAGGACCUGCGUUCAUUAGACCAUCGCUACCUCCUAUCAAUUCGACAAACACUGCUACGAGUUAUACUAGCAGACUCCGCAGAUUGGUCACUGCUCAAUACCCGAUUAAUGUUCCUCAAAAAGUUGACAAGAAAUUUUUCUUCACAAUAGGUCUCGGAACCAACCCAUGCCCGAUAAAUCAGACAUGCCAAGGACCUAAUGGCACGAAAUUUUCAGCCUCUAUUAACAAUAAUUCUUUUGUUUUACCUUCAACAGCAAUUCUUCAAGCCUAUUACUUUAGAAAAUCUAAUGGGGUCUACACAGCUGAUUUUCCAAGACUGCCUCCUAAUCCAUUUAAUUAUACCGGUACACCGCCAAAUAUAACUUAUGUUUCAAAUGGAACAAAAGUUGUGGUGCUUCCCUUUAAUGCUAGUGUGGAGGUCAUCUUGCAGGGUACUAGCAUUUUGAGCAUUGAGAGCCACCCUCUUCAUCUCCAUGGCUAUGAUUUCUUCGUUGUCGGCCAAGGAUUUGGGAACUUUGAUCCUUAUAAAGAUCCCCAAAAUUAUAAUCUCGUUGAUCCUGUUCAACUGAAUACUGUCGGCGUGCCCUCCGGUGGGUGGGUAGCAAUACGCUUUUUCGCUGAUAAUCCAGGAGUAUGGUUUAUGCACUGCCACUUUGACGCUCACACGAGCUGGGGCUUAGAAAUGACAUGGAUUGUCCUUGACGGAAAACUUCCGAAUCAGAAACUGCCUCCACCACCAUGCGAUCUUCCCAGAUGUUAACCAUCAAUAAUGCUGUGUGUGCUACAUAAUCAAGUUUUACCUUUUUUCUUGAUUAAAUUUUUCCUUUGGGAGUAUUCUUUUUAGCUUAUGCAAGGAUCUAUUUGACUGUCCUUUACGUUUUAGGCAUAUUUCUUUAUCUAUAGUUUUCCUAUAUUAGAGCGUACGAGAAGGUUUGGUACGAUCAUUAGGUGCAUUUGUGUUUAUUUGUCCGUAAUGAUCAGAUAUUGAGUUGAAAUCUUUCAUUCAAUUUUAA